AUGGAUACUUUUGACGGUGUAUCCGAAAGUGCUGAAGGUGGAGUUGGAGUUGGAGAAGUUAGAAACAAUGUGGUUGAUUCAGAUCCAUCAAACAACAACAAUGCAGUGGUAACUCAGAUUGGUAAGCGGCGUAGAAAACUCACAUCAGCGGUAUGGACUCAAUUUGAAAUUCUUCCUAUAGAUGAAAAUAAUGAGCAAAGAGCAAAGUGUAUGAAAUGUGGUCAAAAAUAUUUGUGUGAUAGUAGAUAUGGUACUGGGAAUUUGAAGCGUCAUAUUGAAUCUUGUGUGAAAACUGAUACUCGUGAUUUAGGCCAGUUAUUAUUAUCUAAAUCUGAUGGGGCUAUCUUAACAAGGUCUUCCAAGUUCGAUCCUAUGAAGUUUCGUGAAUUAUUAGUGAUGGCAAUUAUCAUGCAUGACCUACCCUUUCAGUUUGUUGAGUAUGCUGGAAUUAGGCAACUGUUUAAUUAUGUUUGUGCUGAUAUUAAAUUGGUAUCUCGUAAUACUGCAAAGGCUGAUGUGUUGAGUCUUUAUAAUAGAGAAAAAUCUAAGCUUAAGGAAAUUUUGGGUUCAGUUCCUGGAAGAAAAAGAAUAUUGAAUUUUAGUUUUAUGCCUCCUCCUCAUACUGGUGUUGCAUUGUGUGAGAAAAUCUAUAGGUUGUUGACUGAUUGGGGGGUGGAAAAGAAACUUUUUUCAAUGACUUUAGACAAUGCAUCUUCAAAUGAUACUUUUGUUGAGUUGUUGAAGGGGCAACUUAAUUUAAAGGAUGCAUUAUUAAUGAAUGGAAAGUUUUUUCAUAUUCGAUGUUGUGCUCACAUUCUUAACUUAAUAGUGCAAGAUGGGUUGAAACACAUUGAUGAUUCUGUGGGGAAAAUUAGGGAAAGCAUUAAGUAUGUUAGAGGUUCACAAGGGAGGAAACAGAAAUUCCUAAAUUGUGCUGCACAAGUUUCUUUAGAAUGUAAAAGGGGAUUGCGUCAAGAUGUACCUACUAGAUGGAACUCCACGUUUCUUAUGAUUGACAGUGCACUUUAUUAUCAACGUGCGUUUCUGCAUUUACAAUUGAGUGAUUCUAAUUACAAACAUUCUCUUUCUCAAGAUGAGUGGGUAAAAUUGGAAAAACUUAGCAAGUUUCUUAAGGUGUUUUAUGAUGUGACUUGUUUGUUUUCUGGAACUAAAUACCCAACAGCAAAUCUGUAUUUUCCUCAAGUUUUUGUGGUGGAAGAUACUUUGAGAAAGGCAAAGGUUGAUUCAGAUAGUUUCAUGAAAUCUAUGGCAACUCAAAUGAUGGAAAAGUUCGAUAAGUAUUGGAAAGAGUAUAGUUUGAUCCUUGCAAUUGCUGUAAUAUUGGAUCCUAGAUACAAAAUUCAAUUUGUAGAAUUUUGUUAUAAAAGGUUGUAUGGUUACAACUCCGAAGAAAUGACUAAAGUUCGUGAUAUGUUGUUUUCUCUCUUUGAUUUAUAUUUUCGGAUAUAUUCUUCUUAUGAAUCUGUUUCUGGUACUUCAAGUGCCUCAAAUGGUGCUCGUUCUCAUGUUGAUGACAUGGUUUCUAAAGAAUGCUUGGAUGUUAUGAAGGAAUUUGAUAACUUUGAAAGUGAAGAGUUUACCACUUCUGCCCAAAAGACUCAGUUACAAUUGUAUUUGGAUGAGCCCAAAAUUGAUAGGAAGACAAAGUUGAAUGUUCUUGAUUUCUGGAAAGUGAACCAAUUUCGAUAUCCUGAACUAUCAAUUUUGGCACGUGAUUUAUUGUCUAUUCCAAUAUCCACAGUUGCAUCUGAGUCAGCAUUUAGUGUUGGUGGUAGAGUGCUUGAUCAGUAUCGUAGUGCUCUUAAGCCUGAAAAUGUUGAGGCACUAGUUUGUACGCGUGAUUGGAUAUUUGGCGAAGAAAAUUGUACUUUAGCACCCAACCUAGAAGAAUUGACUGAGGAUAUUAGCAAGAUGGAAAUAAAUGCUACAAAUUCUGCAGGGGGCUCUAAUACAGUCACUGUCGGUGGACAGAGUUGA